CUUCACUGAGCUGAGCUGGGACUGGGUUGCACAUGUUGGGUUUGGUGUAGCUAGCUGCAGCUAAGUUAAACUCUCUCUUAGGAGCUUCUGGUUCUCUGCAGUCGCGUGGGUGUCUCUGUGGAGUAAUGUCCUUCAGGGCUGUCGUUUUAUUGCAGAUAAAGGCCCCAGCAAAAGCUGUGCAUUAAACCAUGGAGGCAGAUGAGGGAUUGAUUCUCAACGUGAGUUCCCUGCCUUCCCCAGAGUCCCACCAUUCUGCAGGACACAAGACGUUCCGCAAGCCGUUGCUCGGCAAGGACAAGUGGCAAUCUAAAACUCUGAAAAGGAAGCUCCAAUGGGCAGACGAAGGCACACCUGCAAAGCAGAAACCCAAGUUGUCAGUAUCCCCAAUCAAGAAAUGCACUAAGGAGGCUAACAUCUGCGUGAAGGGAAAUUUGUCAUCAAAAUCUCCUCCGAAGAAACACUCGACUGACAGACAGAAUGAGAGCCUACGCAGCAGACCUUUCAUUAAGACGUCUUGUCUGUUUAAAAACAACCCUAAGAUUCCAGAAAUUCACAGAGGUGGAGUGAAACAGGUGCAGGAAAAAGUUUUCACUUCAGAUUCUUUCAGCCAGCUGGACCUCCAUCCCCAUCUGAUUUCCACAAUAACCAUUGUCUUGAAGAUGUCUAGUAUGACCAGUGUUCAGAAGCAAACUAUUCCUGUGCUGCUAAAAGGCAAGGAUGCACUGGUCAGGUCCCAGACGGGGUCAGGUAAAACUCUUGCUUAUGGCAUCCCCCUUGUACAGUCCUUGCAGGGAAUGAAGUCAAAAAUACAGCGCAGUGAUGGGCCUUAUGCACUUAUAUUAGUUCCAACAAGAGAGCUUGCCCUACAGAGCUUUGAUACAGUCCAGAAAUUGCUGAAGCCGUUUACCUGGAUUGUGCCUGGCGUGCUAAUGGGGGGAGAAAAGAGGAAGUCUGAAAAAGCCAGAUUACGUAAAGGAAUAAAUAUCCUCAUUUCGACUCCUGGCCGCCUGGUUGAUCACAUCAAGUCCACAAAGUGCAUUCACUUCCGUCGUAUUCAAUGGCUGAUUAUGGAUGAGGCCGACAGGAUCCUGGACAUGGGCUUUGAGAAAGAUGUGACCGUGAUACUGAAUGCUUUAAAUGCAGAGAGCGGGAGACGGCAGAAUGUCCUGCUCUCAGCCACGCUCACAGAAGGAGUAACGAGGUUGGCAGAUAUCAGUUUGCAUGAUCCAGUGAGCAUUGCCAUUGUGGAGGAAACCUGGGACAGAACCACACCAGAGCAGGAAGUCAUUGGUUCACCAGCCCACAUGGAAGAGGGUGGCUUUGCCAUACCGGAGAAGCUCAAACAGCAUGUAGUGGUGGUUCCCAGCAAACUGAGGCUUGUCACACUGGCAGCUUUUAUCCUGGGGAAGUGCAAGUUUGAAAAACACCACAAGAUGAUCGUUUUUUUCUCCAGCUGUGAGCAAGUGGAGUUCCACUACAAGCUCCUCCUGAAAGUCCUGCUGGGAGGCCAAGAGGCUGAAGAACCUGAAUGUUUGCCACUCUCCUCUUCACACUUAAAGUUCCUGCGACUACACGGCAACAUGGAACAGGAGGAAAGGACAGCAGUGUUCCAGGAGUUCUUACAAUCCAAGACAGGCAUCUUACUUUGCACUGAUGUCGCAGCACGAGGAUUAGACCUACCUCAGGUCACGUGGAUUGUUCAGUAUAACGCUCCGGCUUCACCUGCAGAAUACGUCCACCGAAUUGGGAGGACGGCUCGGAUUGGCUGUCACGGGAACAGCUUGCUCAUCCUGACUCCUUCCGAGGCAGAAUAUGUCAACUCGCUGGCUUCUCACAAGAUUAAUGUCUCCGAAAUGAAGAUGGAGGAUAUUCUGUCCAACCUGAUGAAAGACGAUCGUUUCAAGGGGCACCAAUGGGGAACCAAGAAAUCCCGUGGCACGAACCCCCAGGAAGUGCGGGAACGGGCAACGGUCUUGCAGACAGAAUUUGAAAAUUAUGUGCACUCCGGUGAGGGAACUGUCCAGUGGGCAAAGAAAGCACUGCAGUCGUUCCUUCGCUCCUACACCACCUACCCCAAGACCCUGAAGCACAUCUUCCACAUCAAAUCCCUCCACCUGGGCCAUGUGGCCAAGAGCUUUGGGCUGAGAGAUGCCCCUCAGAACCUCAGCGCCUCCAUGGCUGCCAGUCCAGGAAAGAAAACCAAACUGCAACCAAAAAGGCCUGACCUUCGCAGGAAAACUCAAGGCAAACGCCGCCUUGCUGAAAUCUUGCGAUCUGAAUACUCUAGUGGGAUGGACUCUGGUGUAUCCAAGGUCAAGAGAAAGAAAGGACACGGGAAACCUGGCAACAAGAAAAUGCUGAGCUGAACUGGGAGUUUCCAUCCCUUUGCUGCAGAAACUAGUUCUGGAGAAUGCAUGGGGCAGAAGGCAUGCAACACAAUCAGAGGUGCACCAGAAUUUAACAGAGAAUUUUUAAAAGGCUAAACCCUCAGAGAGCUGAGCCCCCAGAAGACCUGAAUAGAGCCGAAAUCAAACAUGUUCUGUUCUCAGUCGAGAUUGCUCCAUUGCAAAUAAAUUCAGCUUCAUGAAGAUGCACAAAGUGUCUAAGUUUUGCUGUUUUAAACCAUGACCAUUGUUUUUGUAAAGAAAAUGUGGAGCAGUCAAAUGAAGUGUAGAGGGAAAUGUGCAACCACCAAAAA